AUGAAGUUGCCAAUGUUAUUAUGUUUGAUAUUGUUAUAUUAUUUUUUAAGUGUAGUAGAUGGUCUAAAAGUACUAGUUUGUUAUCCUUUACCUGUGAAGAGUUUAAGCAUUUUGGGACAAGGUGUAGUUAGGCAUUUAUUGGAAGCUGGACAUGAGGUAACGUACAUGACAGUGUAUCCCCUGAAGAGUCCGCCAACGAAGAACUUCCGUCAAAUUGAUAUCAGCAGCAACACUGCUCUAGUCGCAGGUGAUCAAAUGCUGUCAAUAGAAUUUAUUCUAAACAAUAAACUCGAGAAGACUCCCUCUCGUGAUAUUCAAUUAUUUGGCCAAGAAGCAGCUAGAAUGACUCUUAAUCACGAAAAUGUGAUAAAACUCCUUGAAGAUCCGAAUGAGCACUUCGAUGUUAUUCUGACAGAUUUAUUAGAAUCUGAAUUAUAUUCUGGAUUUGCAGUUGUAUAUCAGUGUCCUAUGGUAUGGGUAUACUCUAUGGGGGCGCAUUGGCAAGUACUAAGAUUGAUAGACGUUGCUACGAGCCCUGCUUACGACCCAGACUAUUUGUCUUCAAACACAAAUCCAUUAUCUUUCACAGAAAGGGUUGAUGAACUAUGGACUCGGAUCCAAUGGCAAUUCUUCAAAACGUUUUUUACUCAACCUGAGGAACGCAGAAUUUACGAAGCAGUUUUUGGUCCAGUGCUAGCUAAACGUGGAAGGACGCUUCCAGAUUAUGAAGACGUUAUUUACAAUGCUUCGCUGAUAUUCGGGAAUGAACAUGACGCUGUACGCAAUCGACCAUGUACUCCACAGAACUUCAAGUACAUCGGUGGUAUUCAUAUUGAGGAACCCGUGAAGCCCCUGCAAAAGGAUCUCCAAGACCUUAUUGACAAUUCGAAGCAUGGCGUCAUAUAUUUCAGUAUGGGAUCAUUUUUACAAAGCAAGACUUUGCCAAAGAAACUGAUCAUGGAAUUACUUCAGAUGUUCGGAGAAUUUAAGCAAACAGUCAUUUGGAAAUUCGAAGACAAUAGUUUGCAAGAUGUCCCGAAGAACGUUCACAUUGUAAAUUGGGCUCCACAGCCAAGCAUUUUAGCUCAUCCAAAUGUCAAAAUGUUCCUAACCCAUGGAGGUCUGUUCUCAUCUAUAGAAGCCGUUCACUUUGGAGUACCAACCAUAGGAAUUCCAGUACUCUUCGACCAAAUCACGAAUGUCAAUAAAGCCGUGCUAAAUGGGUAUGCUCUAAAAGUGGAGCUGUCCCAUAAUUUGGCUGAAGACUUGAAGGCUGCCAUCAAUGUUAUGUUAAGUGAUGGUCGUUACACUAAGAAAGCGAAAGAGCUAUCCGCUAUCUACCAUGAUCGGUUGACAAAACCAGGUCUAGCUCUCGCAUACUGGGUGGAACACGUAGUGCGCACACGGGGUGCUCUUCACCUGCGCUCUCCAGCACUCCACGUACCAUUAUAUCAACGUCUUUAUCUCGAUCUCUUAGCAAUAAUCCUAACAACUACGUCUGCAUUGGUUUUCCUCCUAAGAAGAAUGUGCCAGAAGAGAAAUGGAAUAACAUAUUAUGGCCAGAAAAAAUCAAAUUGA